AUGGCGACCGUCUCGUGCCCGCGCGAGUGUCCGUCGGUGCCCACGCUGCUCGCGGACUGCGGUGGCACCUCGUCCGCCUCCCCCUCCACGCUCUUCCUGGCCUCUUCGGCGCGUCGGCGGCGGCGUCUGCGGCCCGAGAGCGACGCGGAAAGCUGCUCCCAAGUGUCCGAGGUGGAGACUUCGACGCUUUCCGGCCUCAAUAUCCAGGCUGUGGAGCUACAAAACUCCACGCUGACAGAGCUGUACGUAAGCUCUACAACCGCGAACCUCACGGACAAUAGCGUCGCCGACGCGAGCGCUCUGCUGCUCCCAGAGACGCUGCGGCAGCUGUACCUAGGCGAGAACCAGUUGACGACCCUCGAGAUCCCCGAGAGCUGGGGGCAGCUCGAGCUACUAGAUGUGUCCGACAAUCCCAUAGCCAAUAUUUCGGCGGCGGGGAAGGACGGACCGAGGAUCCUCAUCGCGAGGAACACCAGUCUGAAGUCCCUGGACAAGGCGGCGUUCCCGGACUCAGUACGGCAACUGGACUUGUCGUUGACGACGAUUGGAAACUGGGGCAACUUUACACCGCCCACGGAUUUGUCCAAGCUAGAUCUAUCAGGAAACAAUAUUACUACUAUACAGGGUGUCCGCUUUCCGCGCAAUCUCCAAACUCUGCUACUGAACGGGAGCAGCGUGACAAAGUUUGAGGUGUGCAAGUCCGAUGUGGAAGUUCUGGAGCGGCUUGAAACCUUCAACGUCACAGCAAUUACGCUUCCGGAGGAUGCAUGCUCCGAUGCAGCCACACCAAAGACAGUGACAAUUGCGAACGAGACGUACACCCUGUGCGUACUAACAGACACAGCUUUCGACGAGAAAUACCACCACAAAAAGGCGUCGUCGUCGAUGUCUCUCACGACAUUGUCACUGCUGUUGUUUUCGCUAGCGUCGGCAGUGUUCGUACUGUUGAUGCUCUUCGUUAUCAAGCGCAAACAGGUGGCGCCCGAGAAGGCGAAAAGCGUGCGCGAGCUUCAGCGCUUUACGCGAGAAAUCCGCCUGUAUGCCAGUCUGAACCACCCCAAGAUCGUCGCGUUCCGUGGCAUUUCCUGGUCGUCACUAGCAGAUCUGUCGCUUGUGAUCGAGUACAUGCCCAAUGGGGACUUGGCCCAGUUCCUGGAGAGACAACGGAUGCUCGACAGCCAGCGUCGAGGCUGGAACUGGACUACCGAGGAAGACUCGGGCUUCGCGCACAGCAAGCUGACCGUGGCGUUGGACAUUGCAGACGCCUUGGUGUACCUUCACUCGUUUGCAGAACCCAUCAUGCACCGCGACUUGAAGGCGCAGAACGUGCUGCUGAGCAACAAGUGGGUGGCCAAGAUCAGCGACUUCGGAGUCAGCAAGCGGCGGAAGCAGAGAGACGACAAGCGAGGGGUGUCCUCUGGCGGCCCGCAAACGGCAGAGGUCGGUACUGCAGCGUGGAUCGCGCCCGAGGUGAUCAAAGGCGCGCGCUACGACCAGAAGGCGGACAUUUACUCGUUUGGCAUCGUCAUGUGCGAGCUGGACACGUGCACCAAACCGUACACUUUGGGCGUUGCCAGCUCGCUCUCCGCCUCGGGGAUGACUUCGUUUGUGUCCUCUUCGAGUGCCACAGACGAGGAGCUCAAGAGUUUGUUGUCGUCCAACGCAGCGCUAGCAUUGGCGGUGAGCGAGAAGGGAGUGACUCCUGCCUUCCACUCGGACUGUCCGCGAGCGAUCCUGGACCUGGCGAGAAUGUGCCUGAGCUACGACCCCGAAGACCGACCAACGGCGAAGGAGUUGUGGCGUCUAUUGCAAGACUUGGCAGCUCCUGGUGCUUUGCUCGUUUCGUCACGCAAGGCUACGCUGACCGAAUCGAUUCGGCACGUGAGUACGAGCGCGUGA